GCGUUGUGAUGACGUCAUAAUGAGGGAGUUGUUUAUGUUUCACAACAGUGAUCCGCGAGGGCGGAGGUGUGGCGACAUGCUUGUUAUUGAUUAGAUCAAAAGUGGCCUCUUUCUUAUAAAAAUGAGGCCUUUUUGUGUUAUUUUAGCAUUUGGCGUGGUGACGGUGUGUGGAGCGCUACUGGCCAUGUCUGCACCAACAGAGGACUGGCAGAGGGCUACAUCAAUUUACAACUUCACAGCCACAGAUAUUGAUGGCAACUUAGUGUCUCUGGAAAAAUAUAGGGGUAAUGUUGUCAUCAUCACUAACGUUGCCUCUAAAUGAGGAAAAACCCCAGUGAACUACUCUCAGUUUGCGGAUUUGUACGCCCGCUACGCUGAGAGGGGUUUGCGCAUCCUCGCCUUCCCUUCCAACCAGUUCGGAAACCAGGAGCCGGGUACUGAGGCCCAGAUCAAGCAAUUUGCUCAGUCAUACAAUGCUCAGUUUGAUAUGUUCAGCAAAAUUGAUGUAAAUGGUGACAGUGCUCAUCCACUGUGGAAGUGGCUCAAGGACCAACCCAAUGGAAAAGGGUUCCUGGGAAACAGCAUUAAGUGGAACUUUACAAAGUUUUUGAUCAACAGAGAGGGCCAGGUGGUAAAGCGAUAUGGGCCCCUGGAUGACCCAAGUGUGGUAGAAAAGGAUCUUCCCCAGUACCUGAGUACCUGAAUGGAUGGCCAAUCAGUAGUGACUCACUUAUAAUUUCUCUUUUCAUCGUGUUCCUUGUAUUUCUGUGUCUCAGAGAACCUGUCAAUAUAACAUGUGCCCAGCCCAGAUGAAUGAAGGGAUGUUCAAAAAUCCAGUUUUCUGGACUGAACAGACCUGAUAAACAGCGUACAAAACCACUGGGAAGAGCACAAUGUUGUCUGAAUCUGAGUCUCUGUCAGGGACAGAAGUACUAAAUUUCCAAAUAAAAAGCACUAAUAAGUUAAA